UUAAGAGAACGCUUUCAGAAAGUGAACGGACUUGUGGGUGCGACCAGGAAAAAUUCUGAUGGGACUUCUGGAACGGCGGUUUGUGUUGUAGAUCCAGCAAUGACUGAAUGUGGCGGCGGUGGGUUCUCUUCCUUUCUCCUGUACACGUUGGAUCAUAUAAUGGCGUGUCGCGCUCUGGGCAUCAACCAGCAAACUGUGUUCUGGAGAGGUUGUAAUUCCGCUUGCGCGCCGGACCCCGCUGUAAACUCGUGGAUGUGGUAUUUCGAGCCUGUUAACGAAGGAAUGGAAUCAAAAGUUGAAAAUGUUUUUUGUCCUUUAAUCCUUAAGGAUAUUACAGAAGUCAGGUUAGAGCAUUUUAGUCACAUGGAUCAAGCUGAUUUAAGGACUAGGAUCAUAGAUAAUAGUUUUAGUGAUAGAAGCGACGUUGUGGGAUAUGGUGAAAGCCGGAUCAUAACAACAGCGGAAAGAAUCCGUGUAAGCAAAUUAAUUCAUCAGUAUGUUAAGCCCAAUUCUCGAGUAAAAGAGAGAGCAGACCUAUUUUUUCGUCGAAAUAUGGCGGGGUUCACUCUUUUAGGAGUUCAAGUUAGAGCAACAGAUCACAGUAUGGAAGCGAAAGAUCACAAGCUGCCGUCCGUGAUAAGCUGGGUGGAGAGAGCACGAGAAAUUCUUGAAACUUUGCCUGAGCCAAGAAAGAUUUUCAUCGCCAGCGACAACAAUGAAGUUAUCCAAAAAUUUAUUGGUGUUUUUGGAAAAGAAACGGUAAGUGUUGAUUUGGUAUAGUGUAAGUCCAUUCAGCGGCGCAUUCGCUCUAUUCAAAGUUUACAAGCCUUAAUUUACUGGUAGCAAAAAAAGAAAACGGGAACGAAUUUUCAGCCAUUUGAUUGUGACAGAUUUGUUACACCCAUUUGGAAAUCACUGGUGACCCUUGUAAUCUGACUGGCUCUCGGUAGUGCGAUUUAUUCCCAAAUUGCAUCAUUUCUUGCUUAAGUAUCAUUUCUAUCCCAAACAACGAGAAAGCGACCCUGAAACAAAACAAACGAUCAAACUUCAAUUAACAAUUGGUUCACACGUCAGCGUGCGUUCAUCGAGAUACGAAGCACUUGGGAAGUUUGGAGAGCACGAAAGAUGCGUAAGAGUUGCUCGAGGCGUAACCGAGAGCAACUCUUUUCGGAGAUAUCAAUCAGACUGAACUGUGUGUGAACUUGUGUUUAUUCCAGUUAGUCAAUACUUCUUUAUCUCAUUAGUGACGUACAUAAUGAACACUAAUUAUACGUACAUAAUUAGCCGUUAAUGUACUGAUUUCAUGACACCCUCCCGGGCCAGCCAUUAAAUGCCGAUCAUAGAUAUUUACACUGUCAAAAGGUAAUAGUAUUUAAAGUUCAUUAAGUUUAGAGAGUUCAUUUAUUUUUAUUGCAGCUCGUUGAGCAGCAGCUCGUUGUGUUCGUUUUUGGCCUGUCGAUCUAAUUUCUUUAUGGUUCUUGAAUUUCUCUUCAGAGCCUUGUAGGUUAUCUUCCUCGGCUAACACUUCAAGAGGGUAAAGUUUCUCAAUAGGUCUUGAGAUCAGGUUUCCUCUUGCUGUUCUUAGGGUGACAGAGCGCACCAACCCAUCCUUCCCCUGAUGUAGUUGAAUGAUGACUCCGAGUUUCCAUUGAUUUCGCGGUGUUUCGUCAUGUAUUAGAACAACCUUUCCUCGAGUCACUGGUUCCCCCGAUAUGGUUUUGUUUUUCUGCGAUGAAUGUUGUUCCCUGAGACCGGUUAAGUAUUCCCUUUGCCAUUGUUUCCAGAAAGCUUGCAUUAUUUUCUGGUGGUACUUCGCUCGUCUAGUUAGAUCUUUAGCCGAAUCUUGAGGGAUGUAGUCGGAGUCUUCUUCUGUAUCUGGCAGUGUCAGAAGCCUGUGUCCACAGAGGAAAUGGGAUGGGGUAAGGGGUGGACCGUCGUUGAUGUCUGUAUAUGCAUAAGUAAGUGGCCGACUGUUAAGUGUAGCUUCGAUCUCUGUAAGUAUGGUCUGUAAUUCGAUAGAAUUCAGCGACGUGUUUCCAAUCAUUUUCUUCAGCCUUCUUUUGACUAGUCCGAUUAGUCGCUCAUAAAAGCCACCCCACCAGGGGGCUCUUUCUGUGAUAAAUUUCCAUUUGAUGCCAUGGUUAGCGAGAAACCUUUGAGACUCGGUUGCUUCUAUCACUUGUGUUUUGAGGGCUUUUAGAUCUUGUGAACCUGCUUUAAACGUUUUCGCGUUAUCCGAAAUUAUGCAUUCUGGAAUUCCUCUUCUACUUGCAAAUCUCUUGAAGGCUCUCAAAAAUGCGCUGGCUGUUUGAUCCUCUACUAAUUCAAGAUGUACUGCUCGUAUUGCUGCACAGGUGAAUAGGCAGAUGUAGACUUUUCCGACUUCUUUGUGGGCAUUACGCACGUAUAAUGGUCCGGCAUAGUCAAUUCCCGUCACCUGAAAGGGUUGGGACCCUGUGACUCUUAUAUAUGGUAAUGGAGGAGCGUUAACUGAGCGAAAUGGUGGUCCUUCUACUUUUCUACAAGUGACGCACUUCCUUAUUUCCUUUUUUACCAGCUGUCUGCCUUUAGGUAUCCAAUAGGACUGCCUGAGUUCCGUUAAGGUUUCACGUACGCCGCCGUGCAAAACCAUGCAGUGAGUUGCUCUAACAAUAAGAGUUGACAAGUGACUCUCCUUCGGCAUCAAUAUUGGAAACUUGGUGUUCUGUGGAAGUUGUGCGUAUUGAAGCCUUCCGCGACAUCGUAUCAAGUCAUCAUCAUCUAAAUAGAGGCUAAGUUGUUGUAUUAUUGCUGGCCGUUUGCUUUUAGCUUUGUCUUUGAUUUUAGAUAGGAUGUCUCUAUAGUAGAAUUGUUGUACAGAUUGGAGUAGAACGAUGCGAGCGUGUUUCAUGUCUAUGGUAGUAAUUGUGUCAGAUUUUGUUUUCCCUCUCAGUUUCCCGGUGAAAAGUAUAACGAGCGCGGUAACUCGUAGUGUCUUGUUCCAGGUACUACUAAAAGGAAAACACCCAGAGCUUAUUUGCAAAUACAACGAACAGCUUGCUUGAGAGCGGUGGGCAGAUGAUGGGCGUGACUAAGGCUGUUAUUGUGACGCCUUUAUUUACCGCGUUUAAGGUAAGUGUUACGACUUCGUAGGAUUUUGGAGUGCCUUUGGUUGAACCAAAUGUGGCUACGUCUAGUAUCUCGUUCUGAACGGCUUUCAAAUGUAGCUUAUUCUUGAGGUAUUGCGUAAUGAAUGUCUUUUGCGAUCCGGUAUCGAUAAGGAUGCGUGCUUGGCAACUCGUAGCUGGUCCGCUUGCUGUGACCAGUGCAGUUUGCAUAAGUGUAUUUGUAUGUGUCGUUGUACUUGUUAAGGUUGUCAUUGCGGACGUGACGUUUUUGCUGUUUUGUGGGUCUUCUUGUUUUUCGUUUCUCUUGCUUGAAUCUCGAUUAGGCUCGCUUGGUUCACAGAUCGACGUAUGGUGUUUUAGCCCGCAAUUUAGACAUCUUCCUUUUGAGCGACAUUGAUACCUUGUGUGGCCUGAUCGGAGGCAGUUAAGGCAUUUAUUUUUCUGCGCCAAUAUGGUCUUUCUCUCUUUUGUUGAUUUUACUUUUGAGCAAUUGGUGUGACGGUGUUUACCGUCGCAAUAUAUGCAUGGUUUUAGCUCAAAUCUCUCCUUCGUAUCGGAGCCUUUUGGUGGCUUGUGUAUUUGGCGCGGUUGAGUGUUUGCGAGUAAGGCGCCAACUGUGGGUGCGAGCACGUCGUCGACUACUGAGCUUGUGUCGUUUUCUUGCGUAAGUUGACUCUUUUCCCUUGUUUCUAUUUCAUGACAAAGCGCUGCUCGUAAAUCAUUUAGGGAGCAAUCUGCCUGAGAAUUUGUUCUGAAUAUUGUACAACGUAAUUGUUCCGGUAACUUCUUUAGCAGAAUUGGAAUUAACAGACUUCCAUAUGAAUCUGUCUGGACUCCCAGCGUUUCUAACGCGCGAAUGUUGCUCUCGCAACUAUCGUAAAAUUUUCGUAGUUGCUGCACAUCAGUUGAGGGCGCGCUGAUUUUUGAAAGCGAUUCCAUAUGCGCGUUGAUUAGAACUUGUUUCCUUCCAAAACGUUCUUUUAGCAUUUCAAUGGCUUUUUCAUAGUUUUGUGACGUCAUUGGCAAGCCUGAAAUCGCGCGCGCUGCGUUGCAAGUUAUCAGUCCUUUCAAAUAGUUCAUUUUGUCAAUGUUGUUCAGUUCGUGAUUGUUGUGUACGGCGUUACUAUAACUAUCCCAAAACGUUAGCCAUUCGAGUGGGUUUCCGUCAAAUGGUUGGAUAUGCAGUUUUGGAAGGUUGAUGUGGACUCGAGUUGCUGGUUUAGUUUGGAACGUACUCACCGGCUGGUACUCGUCGGUCACAAAUUCUUUAAUUUUCAGGAUCCAGUAAUGGAUGCCGUCUUGGAAUGUUAAUGCGUGAUCUGCCUCUUCACUAAUCUCUUCGUCCUUUGCUAGGGCGUUCAAGAUCACGGAAUCCAUGGCUUUUAUUUCGUCCAAUCGUCUUGAAAGUCGCUCUGCAAUUGCUUUCUGUUCUGUGAUGUUUGUAGCAUCGGUAUCAGUCAGAAGUCGCUCCGCGCGUUUGAUGUCUUGGUUGCAGUGUCCUUUGUAUGCCCCUCUGACUGCCUUGUGGUGUUUCAGUUCCAGUUCCAGUUUCGGUUCUUCCUUGGACAUUUUUACAAGGGUCUCGGCACCAGUUUCGGAGAUAUCAAUCAGACUGAACUGUGUGUGAACUUGUGUUUAUUCCAGUUAGUCAAUACUUCUUUAUCUCAUUAGUGACGUACAUAAUGAACACUAAUUAUACGUACAUAAUUAGCCGUUAAUGUACUGAUUUCAUGACAACUCUAGCUUCUUGAGUGCUCUCCAAACUUCCCAAGUGCUUCAUAUCUCGAUGAACGCACAGCUGAUGUAUGAACCAAUUGUUUUAUAACAUUUUCAACCCCAUGGAAAAUUUUUUUCUCGACGGAUUUGUUUGCUGACGUCAUGAGCAUGCACUGG